AGACCUCUCUCUGUCCCUCACACACUAACAUACACACUCUCUCUAUCUCUCUCUCUCUCCCUCUCACACACACUGACGGACUCUGAUACACACCAUGCGUACCUGUCCGGAGCUACUCCACCACCCCGUGCUGGAUUUUACUCAAGCGUCAGGCUGAUACGGACACAAAGCGCGCUCUGAAGGAUAUCCCGACCUGCUGACACUUCACUCAUUUUCCCUCCGGUGUCGCUUUAUCCAGCGGUGAACACACUGAGCGCAGCGGCCAAGGGUUUAGGAGAGGAGGCCGUGCCAUGAGCUCUGACUUUUGAGUCUGAGCCAAGAAGCCCUACAGCCCUUUGUAUUUGUGUUCUGCGUGAACUGGAGCCACUGUCCAACCAUGAGGAGCAGCUCUCAUGCCCUGCCUCUUGGUAUGCUCACAGCUCUGCUGCUGUCUCAGGUCUGCUCUGGCAUCAAAUGGCUAGCACUAUCACACGCUCCUGCAUCUUUACACAUCAACCAGACUCAACACUGUAAGCAGCUGCCCGGUAUGGUGUCCUCCCAAGCUCAGCUGUGCCGCAGCAACCUGGAGCUCAUGCAAACCAUUAUCCAAGCAGCACGUGAAGUCAAGAAAACAUGCCAGAAGACCUUUGCGGAUAUGCGUUGGAACUGUUCCUCCAUUGACAUCCCCCUUGAUGCCCCAAAGUAUCGUCCAGACCUCGACCGAGGAACGAGGGAGGCUGCAUUUGUCUACGCCCUCUCCGCCGCAACCAUCAGCCACACCAUAGCACGGGCGUGCACUUCUGGAGAUUUGCGUCUGUGCUCGUGCGGCCCCAUCCCAGCUGAGAUCCUAGAGCCGGGCUAUCGCUGGGGCGGCUGCGCUGACAACCUGCACUACGGUUUGAUGAUGGGCUCCAAGUUCUCUGACGCUCCUAUGAAGAUGAAGCGCUCAGGCUCCCAUGCCAACAAACUGAUGCACCUACACAACAGUGAGGUCGGGAGACAGGUACUGAAAGACGCUCUGGUGUUGAAAUGUAAAUGUCAUGGAGUGUCUGGCUCCUGCUCCAUAAGAACCUGCUGGAGGGGCCUGCAAGACCUGAGGGAGGUCGCCAUGGACCUGAAGACAAGGUACCUGUCUGCCACCAAAGUGGUUUACCGACAAACUGGGACACGCAAGCAGCUGGUACCCAAAGACAUCGACAUCAGGCCAGUGAGGGAGAACGAGCUGGUCUACCUGCAGAGCUCCUCGGACUUCUGUUCCGUGAAUGAAAAACUGGGCUCUGUUGGCACCCAGGACAGGCAGUGCAACAAAACCUCAGUUGGCAGUGACAGCUGUGACCUGAUGUGCUGCGGCCGUGGUUACAACCCGUACACAGAGAAGCUGGUGGAGCGCUGCCACUGCAAGUACCACUGGUGCUGCUACGUAACCUGCAAGAAGUGUGAACGGAUUGUAGAGAGAUAUGUCUGCAAAUGAGUCCACGUCGCUGCCGGCCCACACCAGCAGUCCUCCACGUGUACUCAGCCAACCCGAGGCUACAGAUUAACCAAAGCACUACUACAAUACCAAGAAGGCUUAAUCCUGUCUUAAGCUUUAGCAUGUGUAUCUGAGCGAGACGUGGUCUAUUCUUGUGUCAGUAUCAUUUUUGUAUCGAAUCUCCAAACUGCCAACUGGGCUUCUAACCUUUCUCGCUUCACACACCUGGACGUGGAGAGUGUGGCGACAGUGCCAGUCGGUUUACGUGACGACCGCCGUCCUCCUGGGUAUUUUCUUUUUCCUGUUAAUGAUUAUAAAUUCCUACACCAGGGAUAUUGAAAGUCUAUUUUAUUAUAUCUCUAUUAAAAAGAAAUAAUAUUGGAUUUUAUGCUGGAGACAGAGACUUAUGUUUGACUUUACCCCACGGAAUUCGGAGGGUUCUGGUCGGUACUAUUAAAACUUUUUCCUCUGCAGAAAUGGACAAUAGAGGAAAAGGGAACACAAAGGGAACUUCAAGUACUUUUCAAUCACGGAACAUUUUUUGUGGUUGAUGUUUUGGACUCUCACCAUUUGUCCUGUGUGGAUCAUGACACGUCUGCAUCCCUGUGGAUUGAGAGAAGACAGUUAAGGACUUUGUGAAAUGGUGCAUUAUCUCCUUUAUGUCUGACAUGCAGGCAGUUCAAAAUAUAUUCUAUUUUUUAGAGCAUAUGAGCUGAACUCAUGGAUUUUUGUAAACCACUUUUGUGUGGGUGUACAUACUGUUUCUACAUUUUGUAUACUGAAAUAAAGAAAGAAGUAUUUAUAAAAUAAUUAAAUGAUC